CGAUGCAGAUGAUCAUUCCUGCAACUAUACCUCUGGUUGCCCUCAUUGUGAUCAUUGUCGUCGUCGUAUUCCAGAGACGAUCUGGGACCAAAGGCAAAGCAAGUGGAGGGAAAGCUAAAGUCAAGAAGGCCAAAGUGAAGAAGUCUAAAGGAGCAAAGCCAAAGGAGACGGUGGUAGCCGAGGUGAUCCAAGAGGAAGAUUAUGAGUCUGAAGCCGUGUCAUCACUACCUGAUGCACCACCACCACCACCACCAGCCGAUGCACCACCACCACCACCACCCGAUGCACCACCACCACCCGGUGCAUCACCACCACCACUACCGGCCGGUGUACCACCACCCCCACCACCACCACCACUACCACCUUCGACGAACAAUUCGAAUGCAGCAGGUGAAUGGAUAUAUUUUGAUAGCUCAUCAUCACAGUCUCCACCCCUUCCGCCACCAAUAAUUGAACCCCCUCUCAUACCCUUUUUUGUACCCCCUCCGCCUACAGUUGCACCCCCACCACCACCAACCGAUGCACCUCUUCGACGACAACACACCCACUCUCGAAAUAAUUCAAAUGCAGGAAAUAGUGGCGUGUGGAGAUAUUCAUUUUCCUCAUGGCCUCCUCCUUUUCCUCCCUGAAGGCAACAUCCUAUUUCUCAACAAGCUCUGAUUAAACACUUGCAAAUAUAGCGACGGAACAUUCAACCAAUCAGAAACACUUACCGAUGACUUGUAUUUGAGCACAACAUUCUACGUAAGAGGAGCCACGAGUUAUGCCUUCCUGAAUCUGUAAUAAUGUAUAGAAAAGUAGUUUUGUUAUCAAUAAUUCGUAACCAUUAUGUUCAAUUUCUGUUGAUUUUUUCCAUUCGUAUAGA